AUGAAUCGGAGAUCAAGAAAAUCUGCACCACGUCCCCUCUCAGCAAGGAGAUCAAGGACAGCUGUGUCGGGCCUGCUUUCAAAAACUGGCACAUAUCAAAAUCAGGCCUUUAUGAAGAAUUUAGCCACUGCAUUUGCCAAACAAAAUAAUGCCUCUGGAUUUGCUAACACCAGCGCCCCUGCAUCUGCCAUGAAAAAUAAUGCCUCUACAUUUGCUAAAGCCCCUUCAUUUUCCAUGAAUAAUAAUGCCUCUGCGUUUGCUAGCGCCCCUGCAUUUGCCAUGAAAAAUAAUGCCCCUGCAUUUAAAUCCUUGCUCACACAACCAAACUAUAGUCCGGCGUUUGCAGCUCAACUACCAAACUAUAGCCCGGCAUUUGCAGCUCAACAAGCAAACUAUAUUGCAGCUCAACAAGCAAAAUAUAUUGCAGCUCAACAAGCAAACUAUAGCCCGGCAUUUGCAGCUCAACAAGCAAACUAUAGCCCGGCAUUUGCAGCCCAACAAACAAACUAUAGCCCGGCAUUUGCUGCCCAGAAAGCAAACUAUAGUCCGGCGUUUGCAGCCCAACAAGCAAACUAUAGUCCGGCGUUUGCAGCCUAA